AAAGCAACCUUUGAAGGGGGGUGUGUCGAUCAAGAGUCAGCUAUGUAUGGAAAGUAGGUCACAGAGAGGCUUCUGCAGGUCGUACAGAAGGUCAUUUACCGUAGUUAUUGGGCGAGAAAGAUCACUGGAGUUCCUCAUGAAUUUGAAUUGUCAGUUGUGUUGUUGUGAAACACAACCCACACAAAGCGAAGUGGGAAAGAACAAGAAGGAAAAGGAGUUUCACACCACUCAGCAAGUUUCCUGAUGGACAGUAAACUGCUGCAAACUGUAGCUGAGCUGGGCUUCUUUCUUUUGGACUGUGAUCUGACAUUGCUGUCUGAAGGUCUGGAAAUCUGGAAAUGAGGAGAGGAAAUGCGUUUAAUGGAUUCAACCCAAAUCCCCAGCAACUAUUACACCCUGACCCACCCCACUGACUGUGGACGUCUGUGUGACUUGUGAAUUUGCAAUGCAGCCACCCUCCUUAUCAUCUCCCCUCACUCGCACACUUUGCUACCCGUCUGGUCCGUACGGUCACACUGUUGUUCUGCUGCUCAGAGACAAUAUAAUUCAGAUCCUCUUAAAACAGACCCCACAGGAGAGAGAAUAAGGAAGUCCCCACACUCAUCCACUUAAUGUAAAAAAUACAGUCAAGGUGAAGGUGAAGGUUUCAUCAUCAUCGAUCAAAUAAUUACAUAAAAACCACACGGUAUUUCAUCUUUUCUUUGUACUGCAUCUGCUUUUGAUGUUUGGAUGUAGCUGUAUCUGUCUCAUCUUACAUAUUUACUUCACUAAUCUUAGUUUACUUGCUUGGAAAUAAAUUGUACAUGAAAAUUGAGUUCCUCUUAGAACAUUUUUGCAGAAAUAAUAAUAAGGAGAAGUACAGUUCUUGGGGUGGCCAACCAUGUGCAAAGCCUCAGUCCUUGCUGCGGAAGCGCAGGGUUUGAAUCUAACCUCUCUCUCUCUGUCCCCACAUUUCCUGUCACUCUUCAGCUGUCUCUAUCAAAUAAAGCUUGAAAAGGCCGAAAGAAAAUAGUACAGUUCUGGUAACAGCUGAAAUGGAGGAAUGGAAGAUUCCCACUUCUUUAGGACCGCCAGAAGCCAAAGAAAACACCUCAUCGUCUAUGGUGACUUGUGAUAAUCUGGAAUGCUACAUGGUCCUCACGGACGCAGAGAAGACAGCCAUCGGCUCCAUCUGUUUCCUGGCAGGUCCCGUCACACUGCUGGAAAAUGCUCUCGUGUUGGCGGUGAUCGCUGCCACAGCCACCCUGCGGCAGAGGCCUUCGUAUCUGUUCAUUGGCAGCCUUGCUCUGGCUGAUGUCUUCGCCAGCUGUUUCUUCACCACCAGCUUCCUGGACUUUCACCUCUUUCGCCGGAGUGAUGGCCCCAACGCAUACCUUUUUAAAUUAGGUGGUGUCACCAUGGCCUUCAGUAGCUCAGUGGGGAGUUUACUGCUGACUGCCCUGGACCGUUACCUCUGCAUCCACCAGGCCUCCAGCUAUAAGGUGCUCCUGACCCGCCGACGAGCCCUGCUGAGCUUGCUGAUCCUCUGGAGCGCCACCAUCUUCAUCUCCUUCUUGCCUUUGAUGGGUUGGAGGUGUCCCACAGUGCUUACUCCACCCUGCUCAUGCCUGUUUCCCUACAUCAACCAGGAGUAUCAGGUCUGCUGGACCAGCUUCAUCUUGGUGCUUCUGGCUCUCAUUUUAGGUGCUUAUGCCCUCAUCCUGUUGAAGGCCCACCGCCAUGAGUCCUCCAUGACCAGCCUCCAGGGAGCAACAGGGACAGGCCAUGCCCGCAUGAGGAUGGAUAUCCGGCUAGCGCGCACCUUUGGCUUGAUCCUACUCAUACUAGUGGGCUGCUGGCUUCCUGCACUCUCCUUCAUGUUAGCUGAUUUCUCUGUGGUCCUGACCCACACCCAAAAGAGGGCCUUCGCCUUUUGCAGCACCCUCUGCCUGGUCAACUCUGCAGUCAAUCCACUACUCUAUGCACUGCGCUGUCGGGAGCUAAGAAUUGCCCUAAUGCAGCUGCUACACAGGCUGUGUCUGAUUGGUAGGUGUAAAAAAUCCACAGAGGAGUCAACCCCAGGCUUCACCUCCACAGAAGACAACAACUGUAUCGCCAUCUCUGAGGAUGAGAUGUCCAGGACCAGAACCACACGACUUAACUCAGUCUCAGAGGUGGUAAACCAUCAGGAGCUGAACAUCAUAAAAUGAGCUGUACAGAUAGAGAUGUGUCUAAAAUACCUAUGAGCAGGAUUAGUUCUCAUUAAAUUAGAGGCAAGGCUGUUGUAGUUAACAUUAUUAAACAUAACGACAUAACCAAAAUAACAGGUAGAAAUGUGGGAAACGUGCUACAUAGUGUGUUAUUCGCAUAUACAAGAUAAAAAGACAGCUUGUAAGGAUAAAAAUUAUACCUUUGGCAAAUAUUUUGUCGCCAUUACACAACUUUAAUCAUAAGAAUAAGUACAAUUAACCUGCCAUGAUUGGAUUUCGCAAUGGCUGGAACUGACAGAUUCUAGUCAAAAUAAAGCUUCUAGUCUCUUUUUACGUAUAGGCUGGGUAAACGGUUUAGUUACAUGGGGCUUUUUUUUUUUAAGUGAGAUGCCCAUCAGACCCCUAAGCUUUUACCUCUCUGUCACAUAUCAGUGCUUUAAUGCUGACACUCCUAUAAAAAUAGUGUCCAGUGAACACGAAGUGCUAGAAAGGUGGAUUUGUUGUUCGCAUGCUUGUUUAUGUUUGAGGAUUUGUUCCCCGUGCGUGUAGGAACAGAGGACUCUGUGGGUUGCCUAUCCUAUCUGCACAUGAAUGCCAGGACUCCACAAAAGCCCCAUGCACAGGAGGAUUUCACACAAUGUUCACCACAUGAAUCCAAGCAGCGUGCCGAGGUAAAAAUGGGACACAUGCCAGGAAGAGAACGAGCACAGACACUAGAACACUCUUUGCAAUAUAGUCACAACUGGCAGCUGCACAGGCGCACAUAGGAAUCACAAGAUAGAGACUCACAAAAGUCCUGAAAUGCUUGUUGAUCUUAGGUCACUGGAUACUAGACAGAACACAUGUUUUAACCCCCAUAUCAAGUGAUUAAAGAUACUUGACCACA